ACUCAGGAGAGAGUGAGAGAGUUCACGAUCUGACACUGACAGUGAAGGUCCGCUUGUUGGAGUGAGUGUGUUGCGUUGGGAUCUCCUACGAAGUUGCCGGCAGCAGCACGGUUCAACGGGCGUCAAGGAUAGAAGAAGACACAAGUUUCCUUUAUAUAUAGACAGUGUCUACCUCUCUCUCGCUUCCUUCCGCAUCCUAUAAGAUUUAGUCUGUGGCUGUCAUCAGGUAACUGACAAGUUACACAAGCAAGGUAGACUGCACAGAGGUAGGAUAGGUCACCAAAUGCAGCGAUGGUUUAUCAUAAGAAAACAACGAUGCACACUUGGCACUGCAUUCUUUUAGGACUGUGGAUGUCUGCUAUCUGCAGCGUCAGAACAGAGGACCAGAGUGAUCCUCCACCGUUUACCCUUCAGAAAUGCUGUCCACCAGGAUAUGGCAUCCUGUCUAACCAAUCAUGCGUUCCUUUCGACACUGGCCCCGUCGAGCUGCCCUUUUACGUCAACGGAGUAGAAUUAGUCGAGCGGGAAGUCAUUCUUAACGGAACCCUAGGCCUUGAGUGUGACGAUGAUCAUGUUUUGAACUCUCUGAAAUUAGACGACGGUUUUCAGAUUCACGUUUAUGAUCAGCUGCACAUACUCUACUGGCUUUCUCCCGACACUAAUACUUGGGAGCUUGUGCAACAGUUCUGCGUGGAUGUCACUGCUGACGGAGGCACCUUGAAUGGGAAGCCCCAAUAUUUAGUGGAAUUUUGCUACAAGGACCCGGUACUCCAGUGGAAGGAAGAUGCAGUUGCGUGUGAAAAUGCACUUUGCGUCAGAAAGUGUUGCCCCGAAGGACAGAUAUACAACGGCACUUGUCAAAUACCCCAUAUUGACGUUACAUGGGAGCCAACUUUGCAUUCUGAAGAUGAUAAUUCAGUUGUCGUAGCGCCUUCUAACUUGUUAAUCGUUCAUGGCGUCCCAGAAUGCCCCGUGUCUUUAAUCUAUGAUGACUAUAGUCUCCUAGAAACCGGCAAGAUUGCUCUUCCUGGAUACUCUCAGGACAUUCUUCCAAAUCAAUAUUGCCUAGACGCCUUUGCCGAAGGCGACCAAGUGUCUGAAAAAUUAGUUUUGUGUCACGCGGAAGAGGAGGACAGCUGCUGGUGGAGACAGUUCAUAGUGGAUACGUUGUUCAUGAGUAUCUCUUGCGUAUUCAUGGCCAUUACGUGGAUUAUAUAUGUCAGCAUAACAGAGCUGAGAGCGAACACUCAGGGGCGUUGCAUUAUAUCUUUUGUCACUGCAAUUUUCGUCGCUUUUGUCACGAUACUCAUCAACAGGAACCACAGGGAGGCGUUCCCUACCUUCGCCUGCUCCUUUGUAGCUGUCCUGAGUAACAUGAGCAUCCUUGCCACAUUCUUCUGGCUCAAUGUCCUCUCGUAUCACAUCUGGGAUUGUUUAAGGUCUGGUAGGAAUCGUGAAGAAAAGAGAGUAUUUUUGGCAUACAGUAUUUAUGGAUGGGGUUGUCCCUUGUUGGUGGCUCUGAUUGGAGUUAUCUUGGAUGCCACAGAGGCUGAUGUAGUGCGACCUGAUUUCCGUCCUCCUCUUUGCUGGUUUAAGGACAGGACAACAAAGUGGGUGUACCAGUAUGGCUUCAUGUUAGCUCUCCUGAUAGUCAACUUGACCUUCUUCCUGUCGUCAGCAGUGAUGGUUACUAAGAGGUUGAGACAGACACAAGAUAUGAGGCAUCACAGUGAUGGGUUGUGGUUGUUCUUGAAGCUGUUCAUCAUCAUGGGAAUAACUUGGCUGAUAGAAAUGUUAACUUGGCUUCUAGAGGAGGACCCUUGUGUAACAUGGGUUGCUGUUUUGGAUGCCAUUAAUGCUCUUCAUGGUGUCUACAUAUUCUUAGUAACAGUUUGCUUCCGAAGAGAUUAUCGGAUUUUCAGACUGUGUUGUGGAACAACCACCAAGUAUGACAUAGAUGGGACAGCAGUGUCUUGUACAAGAGAUAACUUUAUGGAAUUGCUGGAUGACCAGUCAAAGUAAUCCAGUGGAAAUCCCAGAUUUAGGAGAGCUGACUCUUCAAUACUCUGUUCAAUGUUGAAGCUCCCUCCAUGUGAAACCCAUGAUUGCUCUAUAAAAUGAGUGAACGUUACAAAUGUCCAUAGUUGUGUCUCGUUGCAGUUAGUUUUAAGAAUUGAACAAUUUGAAUAUAUCAUAUGCCAAACUGCUUUUAUUUUAUGUGCAGAAGUAAUGUGAGAUAUUUUUAAAUUGCACAAAGUUUUUUUAUCUAUUAAAAUUUCAAGUUCAUUAGUACAAAACUAUGCUGUCAAGUGGAACCUGUUAGUAAAUUAUCCACCUUUAAUUUUUAAUGCUGGCUUUUAGUUACGUAUGUAUGUAUGUAUUCAACAUGUCUGUGCUUCCUAUGUGGAUAGUUUUGUGUUCAGUCAUAUUCUCUUUAGUCAUUCUGCUUUUUAAAGUAGGAUGUUAUGCAAAUAUUGUACAAGUCAUUGCUUUAGUGUAAAACAUUAAAUAAAAUUAUUUUGUAA